GCACAUGGCGGAGCCGCCCCGCCUGGGGCUGUGCGAUGUGCGGGAGGCGGAGCGGAGGCUCCGGGAGCGGGUGCACCGCACACCGCUGCUCACCUGCGCGGCCCUGGCCCGCCUGGCCCGCCGGAGGCUGCUCUUCAAGUGCGAGCUCUUCCAGAAGACCGGCUCCUUCAAGAUCCGCGGGGCCCUGAACGCAGUCAGGAGCCUGGUGGAGGGAAGCGAGCGCGCUGGAGGGGAGCUGCCCCGCGCCGUUGUCACACACAGCAGUGGGAAUCACGGGCAGGCCCUCGCCUGCGCUGCCCAGGCAGAAGGGAUUCCUGCCUACAUCGUGGUGCCCCACACAGCACCACAGUGUAAGCAAGAUGCCAUCCGCAGCUACGGUGCCACGCUGGUGCCAUGUGAGCCCAGUGACGAGUCCAGAGCUGAGACAGCAGCUCGGGUGGUGCGGGAGACAGGAGGAGUCAUGGUGCAUCCCAACCAGGAGCCAGCAGUGAUCACCGGGCAAGGCACAAUCGCGCUGGAGGUGCUGGAGCAGGCACCCGAGGUAAAUGCAGUGGUGGCUCCGGUUGGAGGUGGAGGAAUGAUUGCAGGAAUAGCAAUUGCCAUCAAGGCUCUCAGACCAGAUGUGAAGGUGUUUGCUGCUGAGCCAUGCAACGCAGACGACUGUUACCAGUCCAAGCUGAGAGGGGAGCUGACCCCCAGUCCUCACCCAGGAGAAACCAUCGCAGAUGCAGUGAGAACCAACAUCGGCCCCAACACGUGGCCCAUCAUCAGGGACUUGGUUGAUGAUGUCCUGACAGUCUCAGAGGAAGAAAUCAAGCGAGCCACACGGCUGGUGUGGGAAAGAAUGAAGCUGCUGAUUGAGCCAACAGCAGGCGUAGGAGUGGCGGCCGUGCUCUCGGAGCGGUUCCAGGCAUUCCCUCGGGAUCUGGAGCACGUUUGCAUCGUGCUGUGCGGGGGAAACGUGGACCUGAGCUCCCUGACCUGGCUCACAGAGCGCCCUGGGACAGCGGAAUGAGAACGGAGCGGUGCCUCCAGCGAUGGGAGCCUCGCUCUGGGCUUGUAGAGUCUGGUUUGUGUGCUACUAAAAACAGACAGAACAGCCCCAAA